AUGUCGGAUGUGGAGCAAGUUGUCGAAGAACCUGUUGGCGAGGGUGAAGCCUCGGUCAACGAAGAUAAUCUAGACGAUGCCUCUGUUUCGAGUGACGACACUGUAGAACCAGACUGCUCUGCUGCAAACAUGUGGUCAUUCGCACUAAUUUGCUCUCGGAUGGAAACUCUGUAUCAGCUGCGGAGGGGGAAAAAUAAGAAAGGGGUCAAAGUAGAGCAGAAGUAUGAGUAUAUCAUGCCUAAGAAGCUUAUACAAGCUACGAAAGGGCAAAGUUUAUACCCACUGCUAAGACUGUACUGUCCUGAUAUUGACAAUAAGCGCUUUUAUAAUAUGAAGGAAAGCCAAAUUGCCACGGCGUACAUCAAUGCUCUGAGCCUCGGCGACGGCAGCACUGCCAAAAUGCUCAAAAACUAUACCGAUAGUCAACACGCUCCGCCGCAUUUAGUUGGUGACCUAUCACUUGUGGUAGAACAAGUCAUGAAGGAUCGGAGAACCUUUCCAAAAUCGAAGAUGCGAUUGCAAGAUAUCAAUAGCCUACUAGACGAGCUUGCCGGUCUAAAGAAGAAGACACACCAUCACAACCAUCAAUGGAGGGAAGGAAGUCAAGGAAUCAAACCAAAGAAGAAUGCCAACCUUAACGACAUGCGAGAAAAGUGGCUCAAAAAAGUAAUUGACAGCAAGAAACUGAGCCCCUUGGAGCAUAAAUGGCUGGUGAGGAUCAUUAUGAAGAAACCAGAAUUCGGAAUGCGCAGCAUGACCAUUCUAAAGUUUUAUAGCCGCUAUGCCCCCGAGAUUAUGGGUACACACAAUAGCCUUCUGAGUCUGUGCAACAAGUUGGCCAAUCCGGAGUACGAAAAGAAUAGAAGACAAAAGGAGGAAGAGGAAAAGAAGGCCAACCAAGGUAUUUGUUCGCGAUGGGAUCCACAAACCCAGCCCGUUGUUCUACGCAAUAUGUUAUCUCCCAUGCUUUCUUCCAAAUUAACCUUCGAGAAGGCAAUGGCGCAGGUUACGGCCAACCAUACCGAGUACCUCAAGGGUGCACAGGAUAUCAAGUGUCUCGCCCUCGAGUUCCCUGUAAUGUGUGCCGAGACCAAGUUGGAUGGCGAGCGAAUGAUUAUUCACUUCCAAAAUGGAACAGUUAGAAUGCACACACGCAAUGGGAAGUGGUACUCGGGUCUCUACAGUCCUGUACUGGGACCGGCAGUGCGGAGGGCGUUGCAAAACUACACGGUGGAUGCAAUUUUCGAUGGAGAGAUCAUGUCAUGGGACAAUCAAAAGAAAGAAUUGGUUCCAUUUGGUUACAAUCGUACCAUCGCAAACUAUCGACGGUCGUACAUGGAUCGAAAUGGUCUCCUCGAAGCCAUCGAUACCAAGCUCCACGAAGAGGAGACUGAUUCACGAGUGAUGACCAACCAGGAUGAUUGGGCCGUCAAAAAUGCUGAUAGAGAUGAAAAUGACGGAAAGGAGUGCUGGCUGCUCUAUUGCGUCUUUGAUCUUUUGUAUGUUGGUGGAAAGGAUGCUACUCGCCUGUUACAUAACGACUGCGGUUUGAAACACGUGAAACCAGGGUCAAUCAUCCAUUUGACAUGUCUUGAGCGAAAGCAAGUACUGCAGCGGUUGCUCUCGGAACAGGAACAUGAGAUCGAAAUCUGCAAAUCUGUAGUGAUCAGACCGAAUGGAGACUGUGUACCUGGCGAUGAAUAUUAUGGACAGAAGGUCAUGGAGCACGGAUACGAACGUACUUUUCUCGAUUCGACACACACAGCGAUGAAGAGACUGGUCACUUCAGUUGAAGAGAUUGAUGCUAAACAACGGGGUCACUUAGCAUCGAAUGAAAUUAGUGUGAGACGGGCACAAGCUGUCGAGGAAUUUUUCAGGACUGUUGUGGAACAUCACAGGAAGGAAGGGAUUGUAAUCAAGGAUUUGGCAUCUCCGUACAUACUUGGAGAACCAUCUCGUCGACGGAAGCACUGGUUCAAGUUCAAACCCGAUUAUGAGCGGGCCACUGGGAACGCAGUCGAUAUAGACGUUGUUAUACUAGGGGGUACAUACGCUUCAGGCCUCAAGCAUUCCGGCAAGAUUUCAUCAUUUCUGUGUGGAUGUGUCGAUCACGAGGACUCGUCUUCCUUUAUGACAUUUUGCAAUAUAAAUGGUGCAUCCACAAGCUUCGAUCGCCUCAACAAACUGUUGGCACACACUGGAUUCAAGCAAGCAACCAAAGAUAGUCCGAUGGAGUUGGGGAAGUGGUUUCUUUCAAGUGAGCUGCCACCAGGUGAAGAGGUACCUGAAUUCAUUUCAAGCAGAUCUUUGCAACGUGGAGAAGAAGACUACAAUGGCUGGAAAUAUAGCAAGAAUAAGAACUAUCCAGAUAUGUGGAUCAAUCCGGAAGAUUCUGUUGUCUUGACAAUCGAAGGACAGGAGCUGAUUACAACUGAUGAAUAUUCAGCUGGUGUCUGUCUUCGGUUCCCGAAAAUUAUUAAGAUUCGCCUUGAUGAAAUGGAAGGAGCAAAGGCCGCGAAUGAAGUUGAGUCUGACAGGGAUCUUUGGGACACCUACAUCACAACCAUUCGACAGCGCGAGGAGACUUCCAAAUUAAUGGAAUCCUCUCAGUUCUCACAGUCACUCGCGAUGCCAGAUAGAGCUGCAGUGUCUAGACGCUUUUUGACGCCAGAAGAAUUUAAGAGCAAGACCAAAAAGAGGAAAAGAAAGGCACAGAUAUUACCAUCGUCAAAGGUACCAAAGGUUUCUGCAAAGACGAAGAUUCUAUCAGGCUACAUGUUUGCGUUCUUAGAUGGCAAGUACUCGCUUGAUCCGGAGAGUCUGGAUGCAAAAGCAGCGAAGGAAGAAGGCUGGUACGAGUUGGCUACAAACUGUAAGGGGAAGGAACAUGUAAUGGAAUUCAUUCAAUCUCAUGGCGGCAAAGUGAAGGUUGGGCCUCAGGUCGGAGACAAAUUCGUCCUUGGUGGAAGAGAGACCGACGCUAGGGUCGUUCACUACAUGAAAGCAAUUAGAAAUGCAAGGGAGCAAGUUCGCACAGCAACGACAAAAAGCAAGAAGACGGAAGAAUUGAUGCGAAUGGCUGAAAGCGAAGGUGUUUUGAAAUGGAUAUUUGUUUACUCGAUUGUACAUCGAUGGAUCAACGAGCGCAAAGCCAGCGUAGAAAAUGAAGAGAUGCUACCUUCGAUCAAAGAGACUGACCCAAGCGUGCUGGUGCCAAAAGCACAUCACUACUUGACCCGAGAUGCUCUUGCGGAAAUAGACAGUAUUCAAGACAUUUUUGAUCUGGACACAAGCGACCUUACAGAAACUGACUUCGAACGAGCUUUGCUGGAUAUCGCCAAACAAUUCGACGACUUUGACGCCCCUUGGCAGAAUAAAUCAUUUUGGCUUGGUCUGUUGAAUGAUAAUGAAGAUAAUUCGAAGGAGAUGUUUGAGAAGGUAUUUUGGCCUAUCGACUGGGGUGUCACGAACAGAUGCCAAGUCGUAGUUUUUCCUCACGUUUACAAUGACAUCCAAAUUGAUCAAGUUGAUCCCAAAGAGGGACUUGCAGAUGCAAAUAGUGAUUACUGGGACGAAGUUGAGAAAGAAGGAAAAUUGGACGCCACAAGCGAUUGCGUCUUGUCCACACUUCCUCUAGCUCGAGGCAUGGGAGCAAUUGUUUCUUCAAGCUUCAAUGCGCAAGUAACACAUAUCAUUUGCGACUUGAAGGAAAAUAUCGAUGGCAUCAUUUCGACUAGCGAUGAAGCAGGUAUUGGUGAAGAAAUCUUCAGAGAUGCCGAAAAAUGGAAAUGCCUACUGCCUCAUUUGAAAUCGGUUGUAGACACGAACACAGAUGUAAAACUCGUGUCACCUGCCUGGAUUAGAAAGCAAUGGGAUGAUCAUUUCUGCACAUGA